AUGUCUGUGUCUAAUUAUAAUUUGGAUGUUUGUGGGACACCAAAGAAAACUGGCAGGAAAAGUUUGAAAACUGGUUCUUUGUGCCAAGUUAUAAAAUAUUCAGUAGUGUUCUUUAGCAAAAAGAGCUCCCCAGUUGCCUGGCCCCUUUCUGUACAGCCCAGAGCUAAUUACAAACAAACACCUAUUCACUUCCAUCUGAACAUAGUUCAACUUUUCUUUGCAGAGCAAAGCCACAGACCAAACAAUAUAUCAUCUAUAACUCUAUGUCUGGCUGCAGACUGCUAUUCAGAACAACAGAGACACAACACAAGGAUCUCUCGACUAUCAAAACCCGAGCUGGACAGAGACCAAAGACAUUUUCUUACCAAGAUUCGCCAGGAAUUUUCUUAUGCCAUGGAUUACGGAAUUACACGGUGGGUUUCAAAUUUUAAUGCUUGCAUGUAAACAUUCAGUUGGCUUUUUACGUUUUCAGAUCCGUGAGCGCACAGGAUGAAAAAAAGAUAAUUUAAUGGAGAUUAUACCAAUUUCUAAAAAUCCACAGGGAAAAAACAUCAUAUACACCUAAUGAAGAACCCACUGUUUGCAGUUUAGAAAUCAGUUUUUUGUUUUUUUUCUACAGUCAGGAACGGAUUAAUAAAAUCUUCAUGUUCCAUGUAAAAAAAAAAGAAUUUUUAGAUAGUCUAAAAUUCUUCUGCAAUAUAUUCCCUUAUGCACAUAAAUACACAACUAUUUAUGUAAACAGUGAUUUACUCAUAGUACACUUAGAUCCCCCUCACACUGACACUUUAUGCAAUUCCUGAUAUACUAAUUUAAGGCCAGAGUAGCCAAUCUGAAAAAACUGAGAAUUGUUCCAGUUUGGCAAUUUUACAUUAAACUUGAAAUUCCCUUUUAAUUCACCUUAAAUAACACCGUUAGUGAUUAACGCUUUCAAAUCUAUGCGUUUUAAGAGAUUACAUUUGCUAGACAUAUUUCAGUAAUAGUAACCUAGAAAUGAAAUGUACAAUGUACCCUAUUGUCUAUUAAUCAAAUGACCAUGAAAAGUAAGGUGUGUUUUAAGUUAUUUAUACGAGGAACAGAGUAUUGUCAGUUUCUUAUGCAUUUACAACAGUAAUCACCAUUGCAGUGCUUACUGGGGUGAACAGAGCACAAGAGGUAAUUAAAACAUUAACUUCUGCUGAAUUUCUGUUUUUUGCAAGGCUACUCAUCCAUAUGUUGCUUUGGGUGCACGCAUUCCAGCUCAGGCAUCUAACACGCGCAGGCUUCCCUGGAAUAUUCUCUUGCUGUGCUGCACAUGUGCAUGCGCACCCAGAGCAGUUUUUUAAUUUGAUAAUGCAGCUGUAAGUGUUCUCCUGAUUACCUGACUCCUCUCUCUGUCCAGUCAGUAACAUGUUAGGGCAGUUUGCUGUGGAUAAUGGCAUCUCCAGGGUAUUUCAGAAAGGACUCUGAAAGUUAAAGGGACACGAUGGUCAUCAAAACGACAACAGAUUAAUGUAGUUGUUCUGGUGUCUAUAGCCUGCCCCUGCAGGCUUUUAGAGAAAAUGCAGUGUUUCUAUUACUGCCUAGUAACAUCUCUACGUCUGAGUGACUGCCACUAGAGGUGAUUUCUAGUCCAAUGGUGCACAGUGUGCACCACUGACGUUAAUAUUGGCGCAGAGCAGUGAAUAACAGUGCAUGCUCGAUUGCCUCCCAAUACUUUCCUAUUGAAAGCAUUGGAUUGGCUGAGAUCAUCAAGAUUGAUAAUCUUAGGUUCUCAGCCAUGGAGGCGGGUCCAGCUGCGGCGAUACUGACACGGCGUUGGAGAAAAAGUAAGUACAAUUACGUUUAAUAUCAACAGAGAGGGAGCCGGGGACCUAAUGAUUUAUUCCUACACUAUUUUACCUUUAAAGACUUGAGAGAUUAGAAAAAUGUACGAUACAUUUUGUGUGUUUUACUAAAGAAAACAUUUAUAAACUUGUAGCAGCUUCCAAAACUGAGAUACAUUAACUAGACAUAUUUCUGAAUAGUAAUAGUAUAGAAAUGCAAUGUAUAAUAUAAAACGAGCCAUUGUAUUCAAUCACCAUAGUUACAUAGUUACAUAGCUGAAAAGAGACUUGCGUCCAUCAAGUUCAUCCUUCCUCACAUUUGUUUUUUGCUGUUGAUCCAAAAGAAGGCAAAAAACCCCAGUUUGAAGCACAAUUUUGCAACAAGCUAGGAAAAAACUCCUUCUUGACCCUAGAAUGGCAGUGAGAUUUGUCCUUGGAUCAAGCAGUUAUUACCCUACAUUUAAAGAUUAUAUCCUUGAAUAUUCUGUUUUUGCAAGUAUGCAUCUAGUAGCUGUUUGAACAUCUGUAUGGACUCUGAUAAAACCACUUCUUCAGGCAGAGAAUUCCACAACCUGAUUGUUCUUACAGUAAAAAAACCUUUCCUUUGCCUUAGACGAAAUCUUCUUUCUUCCAGUCUAAACUCAUGGCCUCGUGUCCUAUGUAAAGUCCAGUUUGUGAAUAGAUUUCCACACAAUGGUUUGUACUGGCCCUGAAUAUAUUUGUAUAAUGUUAUCAUAUCCCCUCUCAGGUGGCGUUUUUCUAAACUAAAUCGGUUUAAAUUUGUUAACCUUCCUUCAUAGCUGAUAUGUUCCAUUCCUUUUAUUAAUUUUGUAGCCCGCCUCUGCACUUUUUCUAGUGCCAUAAUAUCCUUCUUUAGAACAGGUGUACAAAAUUGCACAGCAUAUUCAAUAUGUGAUCUUACCAGUGAUUUAUAAAGAGGCAAAAUGAUAUUCCCGUCCCGAGAAUGAAUGCCCUUUUUCAUGCAUGACAAUACCGUACUGGCCUUGGCCACUGCUGAUUGACAUUGCACAUUGUUGUAUAGUUUGUUGUCUAUAACAAUUCCCAAGUCCUUUUCGUGCGUUGUUAUCCCUAAUUCACUUCCAUUAAGGGUAUACGUUGCUUGUGUAUUCUUUACGCCGAAGUGCAUAAUUUCAUCUGCCAUUUGAGUGCCCAGUACCCCAGUCUCUCUAAUCCCUCUGUAGCAAAGUAAUAUCUUGCUCACAUUGUAUUAUUUUACAAAGUUUUGUGUCAUCUGCAAACACUGAAACAUGACUUUCAAUGCUGUCUUCAAGAUCAUUUAUAAACAUGUUAAAUAGAAGGUGUCCCAGAACAGACCCCUGAGGGACACCACUUGCCACCUCUGUCCAGCUUGAAAAUUUACCAUUAAUGACAACUCUUUGUACUCUUUGUUUUUAAGCCAAUGUUCUACCCAAGAACAAGCAUUUUCAUCUAGACCAAUUUCCUUGAGUUUGAACACUAAUCUAUUGUGUGGAACUGUAUCAAAUGCCUUGGCAAAAUCCAAAUAGAUCACAUCCACUGCAACACCCUGAUCUAUACUUCUACUUACUUCUUCAUAGAACGCAAUCAAGUUAGUUUGACAUGACCUGUGCUUCAUAAAACCGUGCUGAUUUUUGCUGAUAACCAUGUUCUUCUCAAGGAAUUCUUGAAUAUUAUCCCUUAAUAACCUUUCAAAUAUUUUACCAGCCACAGAAGUUAUACUCACAGGUCUAUAAUUUCCAGGCAAGGAUUUUAAACCCUUUUUGAAUAUAGGAACAUCAUCUGCCUUCCUCCAAUCCUCCGGAACACUUCCUAAAAGAAAAGAAUCUUGAAAGAUUAAAAACUGAGGUUCAGGGGGGCGGGGCCUGGCCACAAAGCAGAGAGGACGCUUGCCUCAGCAGCUCCGGCCACCGGGAACGGCAAAAGCAAGAUAAAGCAAAUAAAACGACAACAAAACGACAAACAAAGAUUACCCAGUGCAAGGGUACACCGGGGUGCACACGCAGACACCAAUCAACUUACAACUUAAGAGGUACGCACCCGACACCCUGGCAGGGCCUACUAAUAUGGCGCAUGCGGGAGAGACGGCCGCUCUCCUGAAGCCAAAAAUCGACUGGAACCCUGUCCUGGGACCCUUCGUUCCCCCCCCCUUUGGCCCGGUGGGGGUUAUCCCGGGCUACCCCCAAUCGAGCACAUGGACAAGCUAUCCCCAUGUGAGACUGGCGCAAGGUCCGGAGGUCAUGACUACGACAUACAAAAUGGCGGACAAAUCGAGCACCACAGCCUACUGCUAUGCUGCCAGAGAAACGGAGACCAGACUAAACUACAUCUUCGGAUUAUUGUGGGAGAAGCUAGAGGUACUUCUGGGGCCCCCGACACCAGAGAUACCACCCGAUGGCACAAUACAGGGCCAGACUAGGGAGGUUGCAGAGAGGGGCAAAGGGAUCCCCCUAGACUCCGCUCCCAAGACGGUCAAACACCAGAAAAGGACCACAAUGUGGAGACACACCAAGAGUAACCAUAGCCAGGGACCGGCCAUCCGGACGCCCCUAGAGACUUACCUGCCUGCACAAGCACUCGCAAACCCCGGCGGCAGACGCAGAGCUCAGAGCCCUGGGGUAGCCCGCAUCAAGCGGCAAUGCCGCCAACGGAAGAAGGCAGUAUACAAACGGUCAAUGCAGAACGGCACCCACAAAUUAGGCGGGAGACCCCCCAACCAGACGGCAAUACGCAACGGAAGGUUAAAUGCCCCCCACAGUCUGACAUACCAUCAAGGCACUCACUUAUUGGGACUUGCAUCACAGAGCUGGUUACUUAGCUCCACUAGAUGGGACUUUGACUUGCCCCUGAAAGGCAUCGGCUAAAGGACACCAGGAAUAUCCACAUGUGAAGCACCAGGCUCAACACCACGCCAAAAUACCCUGCCUCUCCAUACUCCCCAGCAAACGUUAACUGGACUCCCACACCUAUCACAAAGGACCUUAUGGGCAAGACCCUAUAUGCAGACCAAACCCUCUAGCAAGACUCAUGCUACUAUGUGCACUUUCCGCUUCUCAUGCAGAGUUCCUUUAUGUUUUGCUUUUUCUUUUUUUUUUUUUAUUUACUCCACUACAGUGGAUCAAGCUGAACCUACUUGGUUCAAAAGAUAACACGAGCAAAGCAAACACUGAGCAACUGAUGCACACAUGCUCUCACAAACUGCCUCAGUAUCAACCUAUCCUUAAUCGUAGACACGUAGGCAGGCAUUCGCAGAUUUAACUGUCACUGACACCGCCAGACUGCGCCAUAGCUCUCUCGAACCAUAACCAUAAAACGCGCUGAAACAGCUUCAGGAACUAUAGACACGUACACUCAUGCUUGUUAAACUACCCAAUACUCAUUAUAAAUACGUCAGUUAAUAUGGAUUGCUUACCACACCAGGUUGUUUACCUCACUAACUGACAUUUGUUAUGUUAUUGUUCCGCGCCUGUUAUCAUUAUAAUAUAAAAAUGUGCAACUUCUAUUGAUGCCAUACUAAUAAUACCCUUUAUCUGUUAUACUAUGCUGGAUAAUGCUGAUGUGGCACAUAAAGCUUGAAUGUUGAUACUUGCACAAUAAAAAUAAAGAAUAAAAAAAAAAAACUGAGGUUCACUUAUUUCUACACUUAAUUCCUUAAGUACACGUGGAUGCAUACCGUCAGGCCCUCGAGCUUUGUUUAUAUUAACUUUCUUUAGUUGCUGCAGCACCUUGUCUUGAGUUAACCAAUUACAAUUAUUCUGCAAGUUUUUAGUAGCAAUCAUUUGCACAAUAGUUAUUUAAAAUUUCUGCCUUUUCCUGGUCUUCAUUAACUAACACCCCCGUUUCAGUUUUUAGUGUACCUACACUUUCAUUUUUGUUUUUUUUAGAAUUUACGUACUUAAAAAAUGCAUUGGGGUUGGUUUUGCUCUCUUUAGCUAUCAUUUUUUCAUUUUGAACCAUGUAGUUUACCCUAUUGCCUGUUAUUCAAAUUUCCAUGAAAAAUCAAGUAUUCUUUUCAAAUAAUUUUUAUUGAAAGAUUUUUCAGAUUUUACAAGUAAUAAAAAACAAUAAAUUAGGGGAGGGGAAAGGAAGGAAAAACUUGGAAGUGGGAAAAAGGGGGUAUCCAUCCAUUAUAACAGUAAGUAUGUUAAUGUACAAGGCACUUACGUUGAAAAACAUUCCAUAACAAGUUAUUAAAGGUAACAUGUUUUUUUGACAUCGGUUUCCCAUUGAUCCCAGUAGUAUUUCAAUUGUGCAAAUAUAUGUGUGUUAUUUCUAUGUGAUAAUUCGUAUGAUUUGUUUUCUAGUGUUAGUGUUACUACUUCUUUAACUGAGGGUGUGUUCUUAGAUUUCCAAUAUCUAGGUAGGCAUGUGGUUGCAGCUAUCAGAAUGUGGCCCGCUAUAAUUCUAUCAAUUUUACUGAUGGAUUCAGGGAAUUUUUAAAAUAGAGCCAGUUUAGAUGUGAAGCUACCUAUGUUACUGUUCACCUUAAUAAUUAAGUCAUGUAUCAUUUUCCAAUAUCUAGUCAGUCUUGGGCAAAACCACCAUAUGUGGGCCAUGUUGCCCAGUCCUCCGCAAUCUCUCCAACACCUAUCGCUGUACUUAUUAUUCAUAUUAUGCCAUUUAGACGGGGCCAGAUACCAUCGAUACAGAAUUUUAAAGUGGUUUUCGUGAUGGUUGGAACAGAAAGAUAGGCCCUUCAGAGAUGAAAAAAAACUGAACCAAUCCUCCAACUUAUAUUGGGAACCCAGCUCCGUCUCCCAGGAACUCAUAUGCUUCAGUUUAAUUGAUGGUUUAUCGUUAUGUAACAUAUAACAGAUAGAUAUAAUGCCCUUCCUAUUCGGAUCAUGCAAAAAAUAGCUUUUCUAGUUGUGAUAUUUCUAGUGCUUUAUAAUUUUUUUAAAAAUUUUUUUUGUUAUUCUUUAUUUUUGUUAGUGAAAAUGAGUACAAACAUGCUUGCAGUGCCCCAAUAGCGAGUGCGAGCAAUUCAGAAGCAAUCUUUGGCAUAGCUAAGACUUUUUAGGUAACAUAGAUAACAAACUUUGUCAUGGCUAAGACUUUGCACAUUUUUAGUUAAAGUAUAUAACAAACUGUGGCAUAGCUAAGACUUUGCACAUUUAUAGUUAAUGUAGAUAAACUUUGUCCAUGGCCAAGACUUUGCACAAUUUGUAGUUAAAUAGAAAACAAAUUUUGGUAUAGCUAAAACUUUGCACAUUUGUUGUUAAAAUAUAUAUACAUAGAUAACAAACUUUGUCAUGGAUUUGCACAUUUAUAGUUAACGUAGAUAAACUUUGUCCAUGGCCAAGACUUUGCACAUUUUUUUUUUUUUUUUUUACAGGCUGGGUGGCCGAGGUAUGUGUGCAUGGUAUGCAGUGAACUGGCUGCAAUCUCUUGUGUGAAUACAGUGAUAGUAUAAGAUUUAGGUUGUGUUAAGCCUAAUCAGCAGGACAUGCAAGACAAGUAAACAAUUGUAACACUGGAGGAGUCUUAAGGGGUUAACACUGUUUGGGUUUUAUCAGACAGUCCCGGUCAAGGAGUUGGUAUAGUUGUUAUUGCCCCUGAGGGCUUCAUGUUGUGUCAUCAGCGGGGGAACCGUAACUGGGCCGUUGCGGGACAAAAGUUUUCACCCUUGUCGGGUCCAAUCUGUGCUGCGGUUUGGAGGCUCCGGAGUGAGCCGGGGGUUGCAUAGCCUCCUGGGGUAUUCCCAGUUUAGGAAGUAAGUCCUCUGCUCCCUUCAUGUCGAGGACCUCAUGUGUGUUCUCGCCGUGUAUCACCAGCAGGGAGCGGUUGAGACGCCACCUGUACUUCGUUCCUUGUUGUUGAAGGAGUGCUGUGAAUGGCCGAAAAGACCUCCUCCAGGCCAGGGUGCUGCUGGACAAGUCUGCAAAAAAGGAGAGUGACGUGGAUUCAAAAGGGUACUGGGCAUGGUUUUCCAUCCAUCUCUGCCUAUUUUUUUGACUAUUAAAGCUUACAACCACUGCAGCGUUAGUUGCAAAGUAGUACUUUCUGAAAUUAGGGACACCAAUGCCCCCAUGAAGUUUUUGGUGCUGCAGGGAUGUAAGCUUAAUUCUGCUGGGUUUGUUGUUCCAAAUAAAUUUUAGCAUUAUUGAAUGUACUUUGUUAAAGAAGGACAUUGGAUCAGAUAAGGGGAUAGUUCUAAAAUAGUACAAGAUUUUUGGGAGGAUUGACAUUUUUAUGGAGGCAGUUCUUCCUAACCACGAUAACUCCAUACCACCCCAUCUCUCCAUCUCCUUGUGUAGGUUCAGCAAUGCUCUCUUCAAGUUAUGAAUAUGCAUAUUGGGUAAAUGUUUGCAUAAAUUAAUUCCUAAAUAUUCCAGGUAAUCCCUCCUCCAGUCGAACGGAUAUGAUAGUCUUAAUUCAUCCAUAUCAGAUUUAUGCAAGUGGAAAGGUAGGGCCUGGAUGUUGGAUACAUUUAAUUUAUAAUAAGAUACUUCUCCAAACUGGAGUAGAAUAGUAUUGCGAGAUUUUAGAGAGUCUUUUGGGGUUUUGAGUGCUAGAAUGACAUCAUCUGCAAAUAACCCUAUUUUGUGAGUGGAUCCCUUGAUAUUAAUACCUGCGAUUUCUGGGGUCGUCCUAAUCAGUUAGGCCAGGGGUUCCAUUGCCAGGACAAAGAGAAAUGGAUAUAAGGGGCAGCCUUGACGCGUCCCAUUAGUUAGAGAAAACGUUCUGGAUUGGAAACCCGAGGCCGAUACAUGAGCUGUGGGUGCACUGUAUAGUGCCUUUAUCGCAGUAAUAAAAGAUUGUGGAAUAUCAAAUCUGCUCAGUGUCUUCCAUAGAUAUCCCCAAUGUACCCUGUCGAACGCCUUCUCUGCAUCCAAUGAAAGGAGCAGAGAAGGAGUUCUUGUUGAAUUGAUCUGCUGAAUUAAGUAAAUGAACUGUCUCGUUCCAUCAGGUGCUUGUCUACCUCUCACGAAUCCUACCUGGUCAUUAUUGAUCAAUAAAGGUAUUAGAUUAGUUAAUCGCUUCGCUAGUAUCUUCGAAUAUAUUUUUGUGUCGUUAUUAAUAAGGGAUAUAGGCCUAAAAUUAGAGCAUCUGACAGGAGUUUUACCCGGUUUUGGCAAGGUGACAAUCUGUACGGACAAAGACUCUCCUGGUAUCUUCCCCCCGGACUUAUAGGAGUUGAAUAAUUUGGACAUAUGAGGAAUUAAAGUUUCUGCAUAGGUCUUUUAGUAUAAAAUGGUGAAUCCAUCAUGACCAGGGGCCUUUCCAGAUGGCAUGAGCUUAAUCGCCUCGGCUAUCUCUGCUUCAGAUAUAUCACGCUCAAAUUUUUCCAAAUUAUCAGAAGACAGCCGAGGCAACGGAAUCCUGUCUAAAAAAUUAUUAAUAGUCGCCUCAGACGGAUGGGUGAGAUUUACAUCAUUGGUCACUAAUCUUAUUCAGGUGAAAUAUUUUUUGUCCCUGGUCAUCUAUUAAGUACGCAAUUUUAGAAUGGGCAUUCACCUGCCGGAGUUUGGACACCAGGAGAGUUGAGGCCUUGUUACCCUUUAAAUAAAACACUUUCUUGAAGCGUCUCACCAUGAGAGUAGUUCGAUCCAAAUUUAUUUUGUGAAUUUUUUAUUUAAUCUCCCCUAUCAUUGCUGACAGGGAGGAAGAUGGACCGAAUUUAUUUGCCUGAUUUAGGUUGUACAGUUCUUUUUCCAAAUUUCUUAAGUUGCUGUUAUUUUUCCUCUUCAAGUGAGACGCCCUAGAAAUGAAAUGGCCUCUCAACACAGCCUUGUGCGCAUGCCAUGGAACCACCUCGCCAGGAACCUCAUGCGAAACAUUUUCCAAAAAAUAGUCAUUCAGUAUCCCUUCAGCUAGCGAUCUAUUUUUAGGAUCAUCUAAUAAGUAAUCACUCAGUUUCCAGUGCCUAUUGGGGGAGAAAGAAACCAUUUUGUCUAUAUGCAAAGUUAUGGGAGCAUGGUCAGACCAGUUGACAUCUAAAAUAUCAGAUCUUGAGAUGUGUGGUAUGAGAGUGCCCUGUAUCAGAAACCUGUCCAGCCUGGAAUACAUGUUCUUAGAUACUGAGUAAAAAUUAUAGUCUCUUUUAUUCUCAUGCAUUAAUCUCCAUGGAUCAUAUGUCCACAUUCAACCAUAUAUUUCGAGCAUUUCACAGCUAAUCUAUCACUAUCUCUCCUAUGGAGUUUAUCCAAAUUAUCCCUUGCAUUAUCUAAGUCGCCACCCAUAACCAGGUAUAUGGUAUGGAUUGGUAAGGUUACCAAUGUUAGGUAUACAAUUGUCAAUGUGUACUUUCCUAACACGGGUCAGCUUACUUUCUUUAGGAAAAUUAUGGAUUUGGUGAAUGAGAACAUGAAAGGGACUUUGGUGAUGUGUGGAGAUAUGAACACAUCACCAAAGUCCCUUUCAUGUUCUCAUUCACCAAAUCCAUAAUUUUCCUAAAGAAAGUAAGCUGACCCGUGUUAGGAAAGUACACAUUGACAAUUGUAUACCUAACAUUGGUAACCUUACCAAUCCAUACCAUAUACCUCCCGUCAUCAUCCAUCAUUAUCUUUUCUGUAGAAUUGGCCACAUUCCUGCAAAAAAAAAAAUGGAAGUACCUCUAGACUUAGUUUUGUAAGUACAAUGAAAUUGGGAAGGGAAUAACCGUGUCAUAAAUUUUUACUCUUUUCCUUCCUUAAGAUGAGUCUCUUGAAUACAGACAAUAUCUGAUUUGUUGGAUUUUACUUCUUUGAACAAUAGUCGCCUCUUGUGAAUGGUGUUCAGGCCCCUCACAUUAAAUGACAUGAGUUUAAUGACCAUGACUCAAAUCAGAGUACACAGCCAUUAAAAAGAGAUUGUAUAGAAAUGUGGGGGCCUGAAGGCCUGCAUCCCAAGAGGAGAGUUAUGAAAUCCAACAAUCGUAAUAACAAAUACAUUUGUUUAGACAAGAGUGAGCGUGCUAAAACAUUUGAAGCAUAACCUGUUAACUUCUUGAAUUGUUUACAGUGCAUUAGUAAAUGGAUGGGAUAAAAAGGAAAAAUGAAAAAAAUUGGGAAUGAUAAACUUGGAUAAAUUCCCCUAUACGGGGAGAAAAAAAAAACUAUGUUUAGAAAAAGGGCCAUCCCUUUCACACCUUGCAGAAACCCCUUUUGAUCAAAAGAGCAAUUUCUCUCUGCCAUUUGUCCUCUACCCAUGGGUCAAAUUAUUGAUGCAAUACUCUAGUUGUAUUAAAUAGCAAUAUUCCAUGGUGUAAUAAUAAAUUAUGCACCUUUGCCGUGACAUACAGUGCUUUACAUUGCAGGAUUAAAAUGACAGGGCCAUUGCACCCAAACCACUUAAUUGAGAUGAAGUGGUCUUCGUGACUUUAGUGUAAAAGAAAUGCUAUAACUUUAAAAAGAAACAGAGUAGCAUACUUCUCAACUGUCCCUAUUUAAGAGGGACCGUCCUUAUUUUGAGUCCAAAUCCUUCUGUCCCUUUUUUAUACUAAUGUUCCUUUUUUCUUUUGUUAGUGUGUCUUGCGUGUUUAACAGAGCUCCACAGCAAUAAUACUCACAGUAAUGUGUCAUCUCCGUAAACUGACCUGGAUGUUGCGGCCCUUUUGUUUUAACCCUGCUAUCAAAAACAUUGCUGUUUAGUAGAUAUGACAAUGUUAUGAUUGCAGGGUUGACCCACACUGCGGCACAGUGAAGUGUUUAGUUCGUGCACUAGCCUCUGAAUGCUUCCCAAUGGGGAGGCAUUUGAUUUACUGAGAUUAUCAAAUUUAAUAAUCUCAGACUAGGAGACAGAGCGACAGGAUGGAAAGAGGUGGAGCGGUGAUGGACAAUAAUCUAACUACCUACUAUGACACUAUGGCAUUGAUAAAUAAAUGCUUUAUUGCUAAUGCUAUAGUGUUCCUUUAAUGGGACACUCUAGGAACCAGAACAACUGUAGCUUAAUGUAGUGGUUCUGGGGCAAUGCAUUCUCGGCAGUGUAGACAAAGUCCAAUUGGACAACUACUAAAGGGGCAUUCUGGUUUCAGUCCUGCAAAGACGCUGAAUGCUCCACAUUGAGAUCUUUGAGAUACAAUAACUCAAUUAUUUUAUUAUAUUUGUAUUCCUAACACUAGAGUGUUCAGCUAGACCAGCCUUGUAUGAAUCCUAUUUCAUUUUCUCUCUUUAAAAUAUAUGAUUAUAAAAUUAGAAUUUAGGAACACUCUGAGUACCACUGAGGUUCUCAGAGUUUGCCUUCCCCUUAAAGUAUGCUAACAAUAUGGAAACUGCUCUGAAUCAUCAAGCGCAAUCCUGUGUACAAAGUAGCACCGUUUUAAAUACAGCUUUUUUUUAAAUCACAGCAUGGGUUCUACUCCAAAAGGGCCAAUCACUGGAACACCAACCAUGAACCCUACUGUGUCCCAGACUGACAAAAGAUGCCGACAAACACACACACGUAAACCCCAAAAUCUCUACUUACACCUUUUGCAUGUUUGUUCUAAGAACCAUACACUCAGCUAUUUCUCAAAAAGAACCAAGGACUUAAGAAAGUAAAAUAAAUGUUUUAAGUCACACAAACAAGAGGCAUACACCCCAUUAUUUCAUGAUUGUGUUUUUAUUAGACUUUCCGGUGGAGGAAUUGCUUAUUCACAGUGAGCUAGCAAGUAAAAAAGAAGUUCCAUGCACGCCCGUCCAUAGCGUGCGCAAAAGUGAUCUGAAAGUAGAAUGCAAAGAACUUAUCAGUUCUCGACGAGCUUCCUUUGAAAAUUGCGGCCAUUCUUUAAGUCAUUGUUUAACAUUUUUUGUGUAGCAUAAAAUAAACAAAUACAAUGACAAAUUACUCUGGGAAUCCAAUUCUGUAGCUUCUAGGGAUUUCCAGCACGACUGAUUAACUCUAUCUGCACCAAAAGUGUAAACUGCAUAACUGUAUGGUGUUUAGAGAAUUUACUGUAAAACAAACUAUCUAAAAAAAAUUAAAACAAUCAGUAAAAUAAGUGAUCUAUGUAUUGUUUGCUUAUUUAAACUCGACACAUAAGGACAUUGGUAAAUAAUGCCAUAGGGGUAUGAUAAAAUGGAGCAAUAAUAGAGGUAGGAUCUCCUGCGUUGUGGUGGUUUGUAUGAUUCUGCGCACGUGGCGUUUUGAUUCGUACAGUUUCUUUGCAAGGAAUCCAAGAUGGCAAUGAUUUGUGAAGGAAUGUCUCGAAUGGCAGAACAGUUUACAUUUUUGGAUGGCUCCCAUUCGUAAACAGAAUUCUGUCUUAUGGAAUAAAACACUUUUUAAAUCAUGUUUAAAGAACCUGAUAAACAGCCUAAUUUGUGUAGAAAAAUAUAUUUUACCUCCGUUUUAGGGAUUUGAAAAUAAACUACAUUGAGCUAUAUUAAAAAUACAUUAAGCUAUAAAUUAUAUUGAAAUGUUGUGAAUCACCGGCUCUUAUGGUAAAUGGAAAGGUCAUAUCUGCAUAAUUGAAAAUAAAACAUAGAUUUACCCCUCUUUCUAUUGUCAUUUGACAUCUGCCAUUAUGUCACCUGUACAACAUGAGACCAUUCCGCUGGUUCAUAGUUUUUGGACAUUGGCAUAUGAUUAACAGACAAUCAUGCAAUGCCCCAACAGCAUUGCCAAGGCAGUAACUGGACAAAGCAUAAUAUUCACAAGGCAUUUGGGUAUACUGCACAAUUUUUGCAAUGUAGUGUACGGUACAGGCUAAGCAGAACAUGUCUAGAUUAACGAUUGAGAGAGAGAGAGAGAUACAAAGCUAUGCAAGGUCAUAGACAUGUUGAUAAAAGUAUUAAAGUAGGCUAUGAAACAUGCUUAUAAUACUGAGAUGUAGUAUUCAAAAACCAAACUAACCAGGUGCAGCACAGGUGAGUGGGUCAGCACCAUGUUGUGGACUGGGAUAACCCCCACCGGUCCAGAGGGGGCAGGUAGGAGCAGGAUGAGUCCAUUCCGAUGCCUCUCCACCUCCCCCCACCCCCCAACCGCCUGUAGGCCGCAACCCCGUCCUGUCAUGGAGCCUUGAGCCGCCAGCGAUAUUACCGCAGGUGUGCAGUCACAGGGGUCCUCGAGAGUGCAUAGCUUGUGUGAGAUGAGUUUGAGGCAGCGUUUGGCUAUUUAACCGGGUAAAUUAGUGUUUCAUCCCUGAAGCAUCCCCGAAGCGAAAUGAAAGCAUUAUUAUUAUUAGUUGUUAUUGAUACAUAGAAUUUUAUAACUGUUAGCAGAGGACAAUAUUUCAAUACAGACUGCUAUUUGAAAAGUAUAUUUGAACAAACCCUUGUUCUUCUUUCUUUAUUCAGAUUAAGGCCCUUUCAACUCAACAAAGGAGCUGUCUAA